CCCCAAUUGCUAUUCUUUAGAAUUUUUAGACCAAAAAAUACCAAUACGGUGUAAGCUGCUGUUACUUUACUAAUCAAGUAGUCAUAAAUCUGACAAACAAUCAUCGGUGACGCCACUAGGCACAGAAAUUGAUUCACCAAAGCAUAGUUGUCACGGUCUGAGAGGUAGUAGGAUUCUUCUUCUUGGAUUGGCAUAUGAUUUGUUUGUAGGAAGAACAUGAACCCAAGAUCUGGAUCACUAUCAGAUUCAGACAUUUCUCUUAGUAUUGAACUAUCAAUCGAAAGGAUUCCACGGGAUCUGCUGAAUGAAUUGGGAAGUUGGAGUUCUGUCAACCUUGUGUGAAUGAUGCCAUGUCAUCUCGGAAAGGGAUACGAGUGCGGGUGUGCAAGAAAGGCCAUAGAUUCUCGGACGAGCAAGAUCAACGAGCGAACAUGGAACCGUCUUCACAACCUCAGCCUGCAAUAGGUGACGUUGCUGGUGGAUCACAAGUGUAUCCCUCCUCCGCCUGUCCGCCUGCAGCAACAGUAGCCGCAGCUCCCGGCGUCGCUCCUGCCGGUUCACAGCCAGCCGCACCAUUUCCUGCCAAUCCAGCUCAGCUCAAUGCUCAGAACCAGCUUAUCUACGAGCAAGCGCAGCAAUGUAACCAGCAGCUUCAGCAGCAGCAGCAGAGUCAGCUGCAGCAGUUCUUGGCCGAGCGACUGUCAGAGAUCGAGCAGGACACCGACUUCAAGAACCACACCCUGCCGCUCGCCAGGAUCAAGAAGAUCAUGAGGGCCGACGAGGACGUCCGCAUGAUCUCGGCCGAAGCCCCGGUGGUGUUCGCCAAGGCGUGCGAGAUAUUCAUCCUGGAGCUGACGAUGAGGUCGUGGAUGCACACCGAGGAGAACAAGCGCCGGACCUUGCAGAAGAACGACCUCGCCGCUGCCAUCACCAGGACCGACGUCUACGACUUCCUGGUGGACAUAUUUCCCAUGGAUGAGACGAGGGAGGAGGGCAUCGGGCUUCCCAGGGUCGGGCAGCCGCCCUUGGGGGCUCCGGCUGACGCGUACCCGAAUUACUAUCCGCAGCAGCUGCAGCAGGUUCCAGGUGCAGCGAUGGUGUACGGUGGCCAGCAGGUGCCACAGGGCCAUCCUAUGUAUGUGUGGCAAGAUCCUCAGGAACAGCAACAGCAGGGCCGUCAUGCAGAUGCAGAGCAGCAAUCUGAAAGCGGCUGACGACAUUGUGAGCUACCACCAGAAUCGAUAUCCUCAGUUUAGCCAGAUCAUCUAAUUUUAUCUUGUUCAGGUUCUGUGCUAGCUUAUCGUUUGUUUCAUCGGUCGAAACGGAAACGGGAGAGAUUUACUAGUUCCUUCAUGGAAGUUUUGUUGUUGUCGCGGUGUCCAUUUUCGUUACUUCAGACUGAAAGUUGGCCUCUGGAUUCUGGUGAUCGCUUUUUGAUAUGCAAUUGUCGAGUGCCAUGCUGCCUCUGUUUAUGCGAUCUACUCCCAUGUAUGAAGUAUUCUGAUCCUGAUGCAGCUGAAUGGAAUUGGUCUUGGCUGAAUGUACAACGGUGGUGUUUCCGGAAGCUACAGUUGAUGAUCAUUCAACUGAAGCAUGAUAAGCAAGUAGCUGAAUUCAGAGGGGUUGUAGAGCAUCAUGGCUGGACGCGAGUGAGGAAAAGCUUUGUGUUCCCAUCGACUGAACCAAUUGGUUGAAAUUUACCAUACUGUGUCGACCAAACUAAGAGUUGGCAUCUGGUAGUGGCGUUCUGAUAUCCAAACCUUGAGUGGCAUGAUGCCUCUGUGUUCAGUGACAUGUUUGCUUGCAGUUCCUAUCGUCUUGUGUGACUUUCAGAUCAUCUUUUUUUUCUAGGGUAAAAAUUUCAGAUCAUGUUGAGGCUCCAGCUGAAUUUUGUCUUCAAUCGAAUGUGCAAUGGAGUUUUAUGAAAU